AGCCUCCGUUCCCCGCGCCUCCCGACACGGAGAAUUCACAGGCAGCGUGCACGGGAAUAAGCGGCAGCAAUCGAUAACAGACCGGAGGAAGAGAGAAAUGGUGAAUGAAUAAUGCACGUGGAGGAGUAGUCGGGGCAUGACCUGCUAGCACCGGAUGGCCCGAUUCCGGCCUUAUUGCACACAUUUCCAGAUGAAAGAAGAGCAGGCGCAUGGCUGAGGCUGCCAAGGAGCCCUUCCCCGGGAAGGGGUGAAUCCCAAAGUAUUUUCAGUCUCUCCCGUUGUAGCUAAGAAGUUAGCAGGAUGCCCCCGGGCAUUUACUGCCCUAUGGAAUUCUGGUCCAAGGGGGAAAACCAGAACAUCCAGGUGGACUUCCUGCUGCCCACAGGCAUAUACUUGAACCUCUCUGUGUCCUGCAAUGCCAGCUUGGGCACCAUCAAGCAGGUGGUGUGGAAGCACGCUCAGUAUGAGCCGCUCUACCACAUGCUCAGUGACCCCGAGGCCUACGUCUUCACGUGCAUCAACCAGACAGCUGAGCAGCAAGAGCUGGAGGAUGAGCAGCGGCGGCUUUGUGACAUCCAGCCCUUCCUACCGGUACUGCGGCUUGUGGCUCGAGAAGGCGACAGAGUCAAGAAGGUUAUUAACUCCCAAAUCAGCCUGCUCAUUGGGAAAGGUUUGCAUGAGUUUGAUUCCAUGCAGGAUCCAGAGGUGAAUGAUUUCCGCACCAAAAUGUGCCAGUUCUGCGAGGAGAGAGCAGCAAAGCGGCAGCAGCUCGGCUGGGCAGCUUGGAUGGAGUACAACUUUCCCUUGCAGCUGGAGCCCAUGGCCAAAGGCUUUGGGACUGGACUCCUGCAUACCCCCACCAAGAACAUUUUUGUCAACGUCAAGUUUCAGUCUGGUGGGGAGAGCUUCACUUUCCAGAUCUCCCCAGAUGAGUUCCCCAUCACGUUAAUGAGCUACGCUAUCAAGAAACAGGCUACUGUCUUCCGCCAUGAGACAAUGGAGAGCCCGGAGGACUAUACCCUGCAGGUCAAUGGGAAGUACGAGUAUCUGUAUGGAAACUACCCCCUGUACCAGUUCCAGUAUAUUCGCAGCUGCCUGCACCGAGGCCUAACGCCCCACCUGACCAUGGUACACUCGUCCACUAUCAUUGCUAUGAGAGAUGAGCAAAUCAACUGCAUUGCCAACACCCCAAAGAUGUCUCCGAAGCCUCCCCCACUCCCCAAGAAAAAGCCAAACUACAGUUCUCUCUGGUCCUUAGAGCAGCCUUUCUACAUUGAGCUGGUGCAAGGCAGCAAGGUCAAUGCAGAUGAGAGAAUGAAGCUGGUGGUGCAAGCAGGUCUCUUUCACGGCAAUGAGAUGCUGUGCAAAAUGGUGUCAAGCUCCGAAGUGAACGUGUGCUCAGAGCCCGUGUGGAAGCAAAGGCUGGAUUUUGAUAUCAACAUCUGUGAUCUUCCCCGCAUGGCGCGGCUCUGUUUUGCCCUCUAUGCUGUCAUCGAGAAGGCAAAGAAGGCACGCUCCACCAAGAAGAAGUCCAAGAAAGCUGACUGCCCCAUCGCCUGGGUGAAUGUCAUGCUCUUCGACUAUAAGGACCAGCUGAAAACAGGGGAGUGCUGCUUGCACAUGUGGUCCUCCUUUCCAGAUGAGAAAGGUGAACUUCUGAACCCCAUGGGCACAGUACAAUGCAACCCCAACACGGAAAGUGCAGCAUCCUUGGUCAUCUGCUUCCCCAGCGUUGCAUCACAUCCUGUGUAUUACCCAUCAUUUGAGCAGCUGCUGGAGUUGGGGAGGAAUGGAGAACCACCCCGCACUGCAGCAGAAGAUCCAGAGGAGAAGCUGCAACUGAAGGAGAUACUGGAGCGAAGGAGCCACAUUGAGCUCUAUGAGCAUGAGAAAGACCUGGUGUGGAAGAUGAGAUAUGAUAUCCGUGACCAGUACCCACAAGCUUUGGCAAAGCUGCUUAUCAUCACCAAAUGGAACAAGCAUGAAGAUGUUGCCCAGAUGAUUUCCCUGCUUCAGUCCUGGCCAGAGCUGCCUGUCCUGAAUGCCUUGGAGCUGCUGGAUUUUAGCUUCCCUGACCGUUAUGUUGGCUCCUUUGCUAUCAACUCAUUAAAGAAGCUGACAGAUCAUGAAUUGUUCCAAUACCUGCUGCAGCUUGUCCAGGUGCUCAAGUAUGAAUCCUACUUAGACUGUGAAUUAACCAAGUUCCUGCUGGAUAGGGCAUUAUCCAACCGUAAGAUAGGCCACUUCCUGUUCUGGCAUCUCAGGUCAGAAAUGCAUGUCCCUGCAGUUGCCUUGAGGUUUGGCUUGAUCCUGGAAGCAUAUUGCAGAGGCAGCACCCAUCAUAUAAAAGUUUUGAUGAAACAGGGAGAAGCACUCAACAAGAUGAAAGCUCUGAAUGACUUUGUUAAAGUGAGUUCUCAGAAGGCCACCAAGCCUCAAACCAAAGAGAUGAUGCAUGUGUGCAUGAAGCAGGAAACUUAUCUUGAAGCACUUUCCCACCUCCAGUCUCCCCUGAACCCCAGCAUUAUCCUCGCUGAAGUUUGUGUGGAUCAGUGCACCUUUAUGGACUCCAAAAUGAAACCUUUAUGGAUUGUUUUUAAUAAUGAAGAGACAGGUGGAGGUGGAGUGGGUAUCAUUUUUAAAAAUGGAGACGAUCUUCGUCAGGACAUGCUGACUCUGCAGAUGAUCCAGCUGAUGGAUGUUCUGUGGAAGCAGGAGGGCCUGGACCUGAGGAUGACCCCUUAUGGCUGCCUCUCCACAGGAGACAAGACUGGGCUGAUAGAAGUAGUCAUGCAUUCAGAUACCAUCGCUAACAUCCAGCUGAACAAGAGCAACAUGGUGGCCACUGCAGCCUUCAACAAGGAUGCACUGCUCAACUGGCUAAAGUCCAAGAACCCAGGUGAUGCAUUAGAACAAGCUAUAGAGGAGUUCACGCUCUCCUGUGCUGGGUACUGUGUGGCAACGUAUGUGCUGGGGAUAGGGGACCGGCACAGCGAUAACAUCAUGAUCCGGGAAACCGGCCAGCUGUUCCAUAUUGAUUUUGGUCACUUUUUGGGGAACUUCAAAACCAAAUUUGGUAUUAACAGAGAACGAGUUCCUUUCAUCUUAACCUACGACUUUGUGCAUGUCAUCCAACAAGGAAAAACUAACAACAACGAGAAGUUUGAAAGAUUCAGAGGUUAUUGUGAAAAAGCCUAUAUGAUUCUGAGGCGCCAUGGUCUUCUCUUCCUGCACUUGUUUGCACUGAUGAAAGCUGCUGGCCUGCCAGAACUCAGCUGCUCUAAAGACAUUCAGUAUCUAAAGGAUUCCCUAGCUCUCGGUAAAACAGACGAGGAGGCACUAAAGCACUUCAGACUAAAGUUUAAUGAAGCCCUGCGAGAGAGCUGGAAAACCAAAGUGAACUGGCUAGCACACAACGUAUCCAAAGAUAACAGACAGUAGAGCAACUGAGUCAGCCUGCACACUUGCUCCGAGAGAAUGUAAUGCCACUUGCACUGAAUCCAGCCAUUGUAGACUGUUCUAUAAAGACUGAUGAAUGUUGCUGUGUUCAAGAUCCCUCACCUGCAUUCCCAGAGGUCACACUUUUCUGCACGACUGAAGAUUGUUGGACUGUUGUCAGCUGCCUAAUCAUGCCUGCUCUAGAUCUUUGGGGGACAAGGGGCAGGCAUGAGGCAGUAAAAUUACUGCACGCAGUGAAAGGUAGGUAGAUGUGCUGUAUCCUUAAGAACUUGUUAAGCUUCAAAUACAUCUUCUAAUGGAAGUGUUCAGGCUGUUGUAACAUCCCUUAAAGUCAUUAAGUGGGCUAACGUGUCUAUUUUCUUGACAAUUCAGCUGAACACUGAAAAGCUACUAUCUUAUAGCUCUUAUACUGUAGCUGUUCUUCUAGGCUCCUACCAUUACAGCUCAGAGGCUUUAACUCACUACGUGAUCACUCUUUCUAGCCUGUUUCAGUGUGCAGCAAGGUAGGUCAGUCUAAAUCACCUCUGAAACCUACUUGUGUGAAUUGUUUUACUCUGCAGUGUGACAGGGAAGAUAUCCUUACUAUUGUAUUACUAUGCCUCUGCUUCAGAGGCCAAAGUGUUCUGAAAUGGAACUGGAAUCCAGCUGUUGCUGUCUAAAAGCUGAUGCUACAAGAACAGGCUUGGGUCAGCCUAAUGUGGGUUAUGUACAUUUGUUUGCUUCCCUAAAUCAGACUUUAAUUCAACCUCAAGCCGCUCCUGGAUUUCUGUGCUUUUUCUGUUCUUAAGCCUGAAAACGUUAAAAUUGCAUUUUGAAAAUUGGCAAGUAAGUGGUUGCUACAUGUACCUCCUGGUGGGGUACAUUAGAGCUAGUUUGCCACCUGGCUUCCCUCUACUCCAUGCAUGCAGGGCGCUGGCCUACACCUACGUAAUCACUAGGAUACAACACUGUAGUCCUGUGUCAGCUGGGACAGAUGGCACCAUUCUGUGCUUAAGUUAUUUGGCCAGUCUGCCUUCCUGUGGAACGAUAGAGGAGUGCCAGAUGAGUGGGUUUAACACUGAAAAAUUACUUACAAUAAGUUGCAUCUCAAUUCAUCUUACAAAUUUGUUCUCUGUUCUUUUCCAACGUACAUCCUGCUCUCAACUAAGGUACAUGACUUUUUGUCUGUUAUUAGAGCUGGGGUGCAAAGACUCUGUGUCUGUAUGGGGUGGUGCAGCCAAAGAGCAAGGUGCAGCCAUCUGUGCUGGUAUUUACAGCUGGACAAACUGUUCCAGCCUUCUCCUGCUCUCACUGCUGCCUACCUCUUUUUCCCAAGUGGAAUCUCCUCUCCCACAAGGUGCUGUUGUUAAUCAUGUAUUUCUACUCCUGUGUCAUAUUUUUGUUUCCAGCUAGCGUCCUCACCUGGUGGGCAGUUCUGAGCACUGGUGUUGCAAAGGGACAGAUGAACAAGAGCCACUGCUGUCCCUCUGUGCCUCACAUGAGCACAGUGAGGUGCAUCAAGCGGGCUGCAGCCUAUGGGUCAUGCUGGAAGAUAAGUAGUCUGGUUAGUAUCUGCUUCCUUUAGCAGUUCCCUGAGGUGCUUUCUUUCCAUUUCCCUGUGUUCUCCACAACAUCAUGUUCCUAUGAAGGUGCUAUCAUUCCUACCUGUUAAGGAAUGACAAAGUCAUUCAAUUUUCAAGACAUCACUAAAGCUGAAUCAGAUCUUUGAUUGUAUGCCCUUAACUAGGUUGAACAACGCUAGAUCUAGAUGAUCUUUCAAGGUCCCUUCCAAUCCCUAACAUUCUGUGAUUCUGUAAAAUACAGGCAUUUCAUAUCACGUUUCCUAAGUGACAAGAAAUCCAAGUACUGUCAAACAGUGGUCUACUCUCAUAUAAAUUUAGCUUCCAUGCCUGGUUUGAAUUAUUUUUGCCUAAAACUUAACACAAAAACAGACAGUUUCAGACAGAGGCUGAAUUGAACUGUUUAUUCUUAGUAGAUCUUCCCUGUUAUGGGCUAAAUUUGAGUCAAUACUGUUUUUGCAUCCAGCAUCUAGGUACAACUCAUUCUUGACUUUUAGCUUUUAAAAACAGGUACUCCUGUUACUUCAAAGCAAACAAAAUGCUUCCAGAUGAUGCUGGCUAAGCCCAUUGUUUUUUAAAAAACACAAGUUCAAACAUUUUUCGUAAGCUGCAUAACUAAGUUAAUACUGCCUUAAAGUAACUUCUACCUCUGUAUAUUAUGUUUGGUAUGCAUGAAACAACUUUAAU